ACUCUCCUCCUGGAGCACCAAUCAGCAGCGAGCGUGGGCCAAGGAGGCGGAGCUUAGUGUGCCGGGUCAGCGGGCCCUGCCCCGCGUCAACCUGCUUCUGAUUGGCUGUCUGAGAGACGGGGGGGGCGGAGCCUGGAGGCUGGAGGACGCCAGCGGCAACGUCAGCUGGGAGUGCCUGUCUCCCUCUCCUCUGUGGCUGAAUCGUCCUGUCUUCCUCCCCCACUGGAACUACAUCCCCCACAAUGCCCCGGGGCCGGCUGAGGCCGGAGGCUGCGUGGAGCUGAUUGGUUCUCCGGUUCUGCUGAGUCGUGAGCAGGGAUUGGCUGCCGUGCCUGGAGGGGCGGGGCUUAGCGGAGCAGUGGGAGUCAGAGAGGCUGCAGGGAUACUGACCAACAGGACUGGAGGCCAGCGGGUGUCUGUCUGUGGUCAGGUGUCUUCAGUCUGCCCUCUGCUGGUCGUUGCAGGAACUUCCUUCUUCUGUUUCUCUCUGACCGACGGAGCUCACUCUCUUCCUGUCCUCGUCAAGGACAGCGGGCGUCUCUGGUGGACUCAGUGUGUGUGUGUCGGUCAGAGUGUGUGUGUGACGGCGCUGCGCGUGUGCGUCCUGCGAGGCUGGAGAGGAAACAACAUCCUGUGUGCGACCGACCGAUCUGAAAUACACACAAACUACACACUCACUGACCCUGAGCCGCCGUCGGACACGCCCCCUCUGCUGAUGAUGUCACACAACGAUGACGACCACUCUGAGGAGGAGGCGGAGCCUGAGAGAGAGGCCGGCCAAUCAGCUGUCAGGAUGAAGAAGUCCAGAGUCAUCAGUUACCAGGGCACGGUGACGGAGGUGGUGAGUGAGGGGGCGGGACUGUACGUGAUUGACAGGAAGGUGGGGCUGUGUCUGGCCUAUCAGCCGACUCCAAGGAGGAAACUGAGAGCCGGAGACUCUGUGGAGCUGCAUCACGUGCACUUCCUGUACCGGCCGUGCCCAGACUUUCCUCCCAGCAUGCUUUGCACCUGUCUGCGCUCCAGCCUGCGGGUCAGCGCCUUCAGCCGGGCGGCGAGCGACACGCCUGACGUCCGUUGCCCCGACGACGGAGCGUUACCACGGUUACUGCUGGAGAAGAACAUGGGCGUGUCCCAGUACCUGUGGGCCUGUCACCUGAGCUCCCAGCUCGCUCGCAGUCUGGUUCCAGGUGUGCUGAAGCAGCAGUGUGUGUGUGUGUUGUCAUGGAAACUGAUGGAGUGUGUGUGGAGACGAGGACGAGGAAGGAGAGACAUCUACUCAGAGAUGUUAGACGAGCCGCACACCUGUCCUCUGACACAGUACAGCGUGGACCGUGCGGUGCAUCAGUACAUCAGUGUCUCAGGUCUCCGUGAGUGUCUGGAGACAGAGUGCUGGUCCUCAGUGUCUCUCAGCUCUCUGCUGCCCCCUGAUGGACCCGGUCUGUCCCGGUCCCAGAUCAACACAGCUCUGUCCUGGUCCUGCAGGACUCUAACCUCUGACCCCCAGGCCGGGGACAGCCUCAG